AGUCCUCUUAGUGACCAUAACAGGAAUCUGUGGGGAAGCUGUCGGGGUGGAGCACCGCUGACAACACAACCAGCCGAUGUAGAAAAAACAAAAAAAACACAGAGGAGAGAAAAGAAAAAUGGAGCUCGGCGUCAGUCAGCGAUAGAAAUAUGAACCGUCUCCCUCUAACGGCCUCUCUCUAACUGACACAGUAACCUUAGCAACCGCCGGACCGGACCGUUAGCCCGUAUGGCGGGUCUGACAUAUUUAGUGCUCCGGUUCUCGGGCUCCGCUGGUCGGACGUACGGAGUGUUUUCCAAAGGCUUGACGAGGACUUUGUUGAUAUUUUUUGAUCUCGCAUGGCGACUACGAAUCCGAUUCCCUUACAUCUACCUCGUCGCUUCGAUGAUGUUUAACGUCAGGUUGCAGGUAAACGGCUCGUUGAUUGUUAAAGUGAAACCAGGUGUCUGCCGGUGGAGUUUGUUCAGUUCACCAGCUUGGUAAUGUAAAUAAGCCAACAGCUGAUGGGACAGGCCCUUCAUGUUGAGUCCACAUCGAAAUCCACUGAUCCACCGAUGCCUGCAUUUGGACUCGGAACAAUCACUUGUGAGCACUGCCAUGUUUCAGCCCUCAUAAAAAACGGUCCAACGCUGCGCAGCGACGUGGAGGAAGAUGUGGAGGAAGAGGACACGUAAUUCUGCAAGCUGGUGUGACGAUGCAACAGAGUGCCGCUGUGGCUGGUUGUUGCGGUCAGCCGUCGUCACAUGAGCCCAGUGCCUUUGCAGGGGGGGAGGGAGGACGGCAGAGAUGUCUGCAAAAAAAAAAAAAGUUCCUGUAUGAGGGUGAAAAGGGGGAAGAAACGCUUCACAUUCGAGCUUUGCCACCUGAGUUUCAGCAGCCGCUCGUCGUGUCCGUGAGGAGUGUGUCGGAUGGAUCCUCCUCCUCUGGAUAUCGAGGACUUUGACGUGGAUUUUGCAAACGGGGGGGGGGGAAAGAAGAUGAUUGUUACUGUGAACUUUGUAGCUACUCUUUGUUGUCUGACAUGUAGGUGCUCAGUGUAAACAUCUCACUUUAAUUUAACAGGUAAAUAUCUACACCGCAUGACACAAAACAAGCAUGUUUUUUCGUCCUAUAUGGCAUGGACACUUUACUUAAAGGUUGGGGUUAGCUGUAUAAGCGGUUACAUGGUCUUUCAGCAGAGGUUUUUGUUGUAGGAUUGAAGGUACAACUACCCACGGCCGUUUUACUGGAAAUUUACAGUCCGUCGUUGAGCGCAGUCUCAAAGAGAAUCACUGCAUGUCUUCAUUGUGUUCGUACGCACACGUCGUCACACUCAUUGUUGUGUUUCUGCAUAUCAGUGGCACUGAAAAGCGUCGUUGGUGAAAAAUGUUACAUGCAAAAUAAUACUUUUUUUUUAGCUGCAUUUGUCACAAGUUUUUAUUUCUGUGAAAAGGUGUGUGAGGAGGUUUGAAGUCACAGAACUGAGAGUAAGGAUAAUUGACUUUGGGAAGUAAUAAAUUAAUGAAAUCACUA